UCGCGAUUACAUUUCGUGAAUGGCACUCUUGUAACUACGACUUUCCGUCAUCGCUCAAACUCGUCGGCGAUUCCAAUCAAGAUUGCGCCGUGCUUGCGCGACCUAAAUUCGCGUUUAGAAGUGGCGAGAUCGCGUUCGGUCGCGUCUGCAUUUUCAAUUUGCUUUCGUGUCUCUCUACGUUCCGAUGAAACAUGAAACUGACAGAAAAAUAACGUAAACGGAUACGUCUCGACUCGCAAUGUUUUUUCACCCAUCGAUGCGCUCUCCGUUUCGAAAAUAUCCAAAGGAUCGAGCGGACGACGUGAGUCAUCGACGAUUUUGAUAGAUCGAUCGAGCCGACUCGAGCGCGUUAUCUGUCUUACGUUUCGAUACAAGCCGUGCUCGUUCGAAUAUAAUUUUUAUGAUUAAUCGAGGAGAAGAAGAGAAGGGAGAAAGUGCAACACGUGCAACGGGCAACGUGCAACAACUUCUCCUACCGCGUUUCAUUGGCUGCGUUUAAUAAAGUAGAAAGAAAAAAGAGAGAGAAGGAAGGAAGGAAGGAAGGCACGCGCGCGCGUGCGUCUUAUACGGCGCUCGACGAUUUUCUACGACCGCCUCUGCAAAUGGCAUAUGAGCUCAGAGAUUCCGACGAGCUCUCGCUGCUUGCGUGCCUGCCUGCCUGCCUGCCUGCCUGCCUGUGCCUGCCUGCCUCUGCGUUACACGCAUGUACGGAUGCUGCUGCGGAAUAUAAUAGCGAUGUGGCGAACGUCCUACUGUACAUACCUCCUGUUAGGUUUAUUAUACCUAACAACGUUGCAGAGUGCAACGGCGUGUAGCUGCCAGAAAGUACAUCCUCAAACACAGUUUUGCAGAGCAGACUUUGUUGCAGUCGUAAGGAUAAAAUUGAUCGUUCACGUUAACGAAGAGAGGCUGGAAUACAAAGUGAAGAUCAACAGAGUUUUCAAGUCGACUCCGAAAGCAGAAGUUGCCUUGAGGGAGAACACCCUUUGGACGCUCGGCUACGAUUCGCUUUGCGGCGUAACGCAUUUACUUGUGGGCAAAACUUACGUCGUCAGCGGAACGGUGCACGAAGGAAAAGCAAGAAUAUCGAUUUGCGAUCUCGCGAUUCCCUGGUCCGAGGUACCCGUCGGACAACGAAAAGGAUUCAGGCUGCUUUAUCAUCGUGGAUGCGUUUGCGAAACAACCUUUACGCCAUGGUGGCGGAAAGGUGCAGUUUUGGAAUCAACCGGUGGAAAGCAUUGUCUGUGGGAAAGUUCUCCAGGUCCGCAGGAUUGUCAAGAGAAAUAUGGAGUCUGCAAAAAAGGUCCCAACGGUUGCUCCUGGACACCGUCCGUUCCAUACAAGAAUUGCAUCAAGGAGUAUCAACGGAAACGCGAGCAGGAGAGAUUAAAGGAACCUUAACGAAAUUCUUUCUUUCCUUGCCUCUCCCCCUCCCCAUCUUCCUCUCUCUCUCUCUCUCUCUCUCUCUCUCUCUCUCUCUCUCCUCUCUUCGUUUCGUCUUGCGAGAAGAAAACAAGAACGAAUAGGCAAACAUUGAAAAUCGACGAAUUCGACAAACCUUAAAUCCUACUUGACAUCGAGAUCGCUCUUGGAAGUAACCGAAAUAGAAAAUCGGAUAAAUAUCCGCGAAUAUGACCGAUAAACGAGCGUAACGAGAAAAGAAAAUCCUAUUUAAGUCCUAUGUAAAGUCGCUUCCCUGCGUUUAUCACUCUUCGUCGACAUCGAUAUUCGUUAAUUGGUAUCGAAAGAAAGUAAGACCUUGCGACGGCUCGUGUAUCUAUAAUGAGCAGUCGCUCGUUAGAGAGAACGAGCGCUCGAGAUUCGUGUACGAGCAAAUUACUAGGAACAUCGAAACGUUAAAGUCAUUAAAACUUACCGAAACACCGAUCGGGACAGCGUAUGAAAACUUUAGCUUCUUUCUCGUUUUUUAUUUUUCUUUCUUCAUCUUUUAUCGUCACAAGAUGAAAGACAUCUUUUCUUUCAAUAUGCAAGAACAAAAUUCUAAUAAACGUUCGAGCUAGAAAGAUGUGCCGCGAUCGCGAUCGUUUAAGAACGAUUGAAAAUUAUCAAUCGUUCGUGGUACUCGAUGUACGGCAUACGCUCUAUCGUUCAUUAAGUUAUCAAUAAUUCGAUUGUCCGGUUAGUUCGCGAAGAGUUUGUAUCCAACGGUGAGCGGUUGGGAGUGAUCGAUCGAUCGAUCGUUCGCUCGACCGUACACGAUUAUUCGUUUUUCGAAUGAAGCGAGUGUAGAAAAAAAUUGUAAAGGAAUUUCUCUUGCGAUGAUUAUUCUAUUUUGCGCACAGAUUGUAUAUAAUUUCUCUUUCUUUUCUCUGUCUUAGCAUUUAAUGUAUAUUGUAAAUCUAUAAGUUAUUUUCUUGCUCGUACUACGCGUAGAUUUUAGUCAAACUCUUUUUUUAAUCCGUAUUUCAUUCGACUUGGAUAUAUACUUUGUAACAAUCGCUCCUUUCGUCUUUCUACUAUUAGUAUUUAUUAAAUUCAUCCGCUCGCGUUUUGCUUCAAAUUGAAAAAUACCGAAAUAUUGGUCGUCCGCUUGAAAAGUAAAACGACUUCCGCGAGGAAAAUUUACCCACCGCCUUAACAUGCUGGUGUAUACGUAUGUACGUAUAUAGGAUUUAAAAAAGGAAAAAAAAAGAGCCGCAACGGUAGAUCUUUAGGAGUCUCCUUUGACUCUGCCUCGUUUCGUUGAUAGUGGCGAGAACCCCGUGUCCACGUGGGUUGAAAUUUAGUACAAAAUAUUAAAACGUAUAUAGCGUAUGUAUAUUAUUAACAUACUUUGCAUUUCGUAAAGCGAUUUUGUAACUACAGUUUACGUAUGUAAGUAUUAAAUCGUUUCGAUCGAUGAAUCGAAGAACUGUAACGAGAUAUGUAGUACAUAAACGUAUACAGAUACACAUAAUACGCAUUAUACAUUAACCAUGCGAUCGACGAAAAAUGUGAAAAAUAAAUUUUUUAUCCGAGA